AUGAUGAUGGUAGAUAGUGUCUGCUAUAUAUGUGGAGAGGAGCCAGAGAACUUGGAACAUAUCUUGUUCAGAUGUUCUAGGGCUGUUCUGUGCUGGAAAUUGCUGGGGAUUCAAUGGAAUCUGCUGGGGAGUAAACAGGUUAAUUUUACAGAUUGGUGGGAGGCUGUUAAUAAUGGAAGAGGGGAUCAAUACUUUCAGGACAGAAUCAAUCUCUCUACUUACCUAAUGUGGUUGUUGUGGAGAACCAAGAACUCAUGGUUGUUCACUAAAACCAGAAUAACAGAGAAGGAGUUGGUUGAUGGAGCAAGAAAGGAAUGGAUUGAAUUUGAGUCCGCAGCUGCAAAACAUAGUAGAAAGGAGGAUGUGCAGAUGAGAGUGGAGCACAGAGGUAGAAAUCCCAAUGGAACAGCAGUAGGACAAAUAUCACUAUUUGUCAGUGCUUGCCAAUUUCCAGAGGGAGAUUGGGGGUUUGGAGGUGUGAUGGAGUCAGUUGAGAACUCAAUGCAGUGGAAGGCAAAAGGUGAAUCAGCUAACAACAAGGAGGAAGCUAAUCUGAAAGCUGUCGGAUGGGCCCUUAGGAAAAUAGCAGCAAACACAAACUCGAGGAUUCUAUUCCAUGUGGAUUCCUUAAUCACAGCUGAGGUGCUCAAUGAACAGAGAGUGGCUGAUUCAGAAGUUCAAAGCAUUGCAGAUGAAGUUGUCAAUUUGAUGUCUACAUUUGAUUCUUGUUCUAUUUGUCCUAUAGGGGUCAGGGUUGGGGUGGCGGCAGAUGGAAUUUUAGGCACCUCCUGCAUGUCGUCGAGUCGCGACGUUGACCUUCGGCGCGGUCAAAUGAAGGACAACAGAGGUCAUGGUAGAGGACGACUCGACACGCCCAGUGGCGGAGGUGGCGGUGGCGCUAGAGUGGACUACGGUUACGUCGACGACGGCGACGAGCAGUAG